AUGUUAACAAAAAAACAAGUUAUUCUUUCUGUUGCACAAAAACAUGAGAUUUGUAAGAAAAAAGAAAUAAAUCUAAUUAUUAAAAAUAUAAACCUUACAAAUAACUAUAAUGUAAAUAAUAUGCUUAAUAGUGGUCAGGAUAUUGAUAGAUAUAUUCUUAAGGAAAAAGCAAAAUUUUUUGCAGACCAUCUUCUUAUUGAUAAUUUUUAUCAAUCUAAUAGUUGGCUUACUAG